AUGACGGACCCUGUGCUGCUACCAGUGUCGAACGAAGAUAGAGCAGCGAUGCCUCUGAAAGCCGAGGAAUCUCCACCCGACUGUGCUCCCCCGGCAGCUGGCGAGGACAUGUCCGCCGAACACACCCCUCCUCGCGCAGGAAAACAUUCCCUGUCAACAGUUACUUCAACCUCAGCUCUCAAAGAGCACGACAGUCUUCUGGCCAAUGGGGAACGUGACGGUCUUGCGGUCAAAACAGUGGAGCCUGAUCCUCCGCAGGCCUCCUCUGAGGUAAAUCCAGAGCAACCCUUGCCUCCAAAGACUGCGCAGAGAUCCUCCAAAGCCCCGAUGUUCAGCUCGGGGCCCGAGGCGAGGAAGCGCCUCAAGUUCAUACUGGGAGCGUCGGAGGAUUACUCCUCGGACGACGAGGCUCUGGCCGCAAAACCCCCGAGCGGCGCGUCCCAGUGCCCGCCGUCCACCCUGAAGUCCUGCGCAGAGCAUCCGUCCUCUGCAGGGCCGCCACCCAGCUCCUCAGUCAUCAAGCCAAGCAUGUCUGGCCUGCACUUGGUGAAAAAAGGACGUGAACACAGAAAGAUGGAUCUGCACAGGGACUUCACUGUGGCAUCGCCUGCCGAGUUAAUCACACGAUUUGGUGGCAACCGCGUUAUAGAAAAAGUGCUGAUAGCUAAUAAUGGCAUUGCUGCAGUCAAAUGCAUGCGCUCCAUCCGCCGCUGGUCUUAUGAAAUGUUUCGCAACGAGAGGACCAUCCGCUUUGUGGUCAUGGUAACCCCCGAAGACUUGAAAGCUAAUGCAGAAUACAUUAAAAUGGCUGACCAUUAUGUGCCUGUGCCUGGAGGAACCAACAAUAACAACUAUGCUAAUGUCGAGCUGAUAUUAGACAUAGCUAAAAGAAUCCCAGUUCAGGGCGUGUGGGCUGGUUGGGGCCAUGCGUCUGAAAAUCCUAAACUUCCUGAGCUCUUGAACAAAGCAGGGAUAUCAUUCUUGGGCCCAUCCAGUAAAGCCAUGUGGGCUUUAGGAGAUAAGGUGGCUUCUUCCAUUGUGGCCCAGAGUGCUGAAAUUCCCACACUGCCAUGGAGUGGAUCAGGUCUGAGAGUGGAGUGGGCUGAAGAGGACCAAAGACAGGGCAAAAUAAUCAGUGUUCCCCCAGAUGUCUACAAAAAGGGCUGCGUUCAUGAUGUAGAUGAUGGCCUAGCAGAAGCAGAGCAAAUUGGUUAUCCAGUUGUUAUAAAGGCCUCUGAGGGUGGAGGUGGAAAGGGCAUCAGAAAGGUUGAAAAUUCAGAGGAUUUUGCAAGCUCCUUCAGACAGGUUCAGACAGAGGUACCCGGGUCACCCAUCUUCAUCAUGCAACUGGCUCAGCAUGCCAGACAUCUUGAGGUGCAAAUACUGGCUGAUGAGUAUGGAAAUGCCAUCUCUCUGUUUGGACGAGACUGCUCCAUCCAGAGGAGGCACCAGAAGAUCAUAGAGGAGGCUCCUGCCACCAUAGCUGCUCCCUCAACACUUGAGCAGAUGGAGCAGUAUGCUGUGCGACUGGCCAAGAUGGUGGGCUAUGUGAGUGCUGGCACUGUGGAGUACCUCUACUCAGACGAUGGAAGCUUUCACUUCCUGGAGCUCAACCCUCGCUUACAGGUGGAACACCCAUGUACAGAGAUGAUUGGAGAUGUAAAUUUACCAGCUGCCCAACUUCAGAUUGCGAUGGGCAUCCCCCUUCAUAGAAUUAAAGAGAUACGAUUGCUUUAUGGGGAAAAUCCAUGGGGCGACAACAUCAUCAACUUUGAGACUCCAGACUGCAUUCCAAGUCCCAGAGGCCACGUUAUAGCUGCCCGGAUCACCAGCGAGAACCCAGACGAGGGGUUCAAGCCCAGCUCCGGUACAGUGCAGGAGCUGAACUUCCGCAGCAGUAAAAACGUGUGGGGUUAUUUCAGUGUGGGGGCAGCUGGUGGACUCCACGAAUUUGCAGACUCCCAGUUUGGACACUGUUUCUCUUGGGGGGAGAACCGUGAAGAGGCCAUUUCGAACAUGGUGGUGGCUAUGAAGGAGCUGUCCAUUAGAGGCGAUUUCAGGACGACUGUUGAGUACCUCAUUAAACUGCUGGAGACAGAAAGCUUUCGGAACAAUGACAUUGACACUGGCUGGUUGGACCAUCUCAUUUCAGAGAAAGUGCAGGCAGAGAGACCAGAUACCAUGUUGGGGAUCGUUUGUGGGGCUUUGCAUGUUGCCGACGCCAGCUUCAGAAAGAGCAUGUCUGACUACCUCCAUUCACUUGAAAGAGGCCAGGUACUACCGGCAGCCAGUCUUCUGAACUCUGUCAGUGUGGACCUGAUAUAUGAAGGAGUCAAAUUUUGUCUGAAGGUGGCUCGGCAAUCUCCAACCACCUAUGUGGUCAUGAUGAAUGGCUCCGACAUUGAAAUUGACGUCCACAGGUUGAGUGACGGUGGACUCCUGCUGUGCUACGAUGGCAGCAGCCACACCACCUACAUGAAGGAAGAAGUGGACAGCUACCGUGUUACUGUUGGCAACAAGACUUGUGUGUUUGAGAAGGAGAAGGAUCCCACGAUGCUACGGUCACCCUCUGCUGGCAAACUACUGCAGUACGUGGUGGAGGAUGGGGACCAUAUUUUUGCUGGAGAGACUUACGCUGAAAUUGAGGUGAUGAAGAUGGUGAUGACGCUGACUGUGCAUCAGUCUGGCUGUAUACACUUUGUCAAAAGGCCGGGGGCGGUUCUGGUGCAUGGCUGUGUGGUCGCACACAUGGACCUGGAUGACCCCAGCAGCAUACAUAAAGUGGAACUCAACACAGCCCCACUGCCACCUCAGCAGCCACUGCCAAUGGUUGGGGAGAAGCUUCACCAGGUUUUCCACUGUGUGCUCGAAAAUCUGGUUAAAGUGAUGGACGGGUACUGCCUUGAAGAGCCUUACUUUAGCAGCAAGUUGAAAGAAUGGGUGGCCACCCUGAUGAAAACUCUAAGGGACCCUUCAUUGCCUCUUCUUGAACUCCAGGAGAUCAUGACCAGCGUGGCGGGGCGUAUUCCACCAAGUGUUGAGAAAGAUAUCCGCAAAGUCAUGGCCCAGUAUGCUAGCAACAUCACAUCUGUCCUCUGCCAGUUCCCCAGUCAAAGGAUUGCGAACAUUUUAGAUAGCCAUGCAGCGACUUUGCAGAGGAAGGUGGAUCGGGAGGUCUUCUUCAUGAACACUCAGAGUAUCGUGCAGCUGGUGCAGAGAUAUCGCAGUGGAAUCCGUGGCUACAUGAAAUCUGUGGUUCUUGAUCUGCUGAAGCACUACCUCCAGGUAGAGAUGCAGUUUCAACAAGCUCACUAUGACAAGUGCGUCAUCAACCUGAGAGAGCAGCACAAGCCUGACAUGAGUCCUGUGCUCGACUACAUCUUUUCUCACGCUCAGGUGUCCAAGAAAAACAUCCUGGUGACAAUGCUUAUUGACCAGCUAUGUGGACGAGAUCCCACCCUGGCUGAUGAGCUCAUGACCAUUUUGAAUGAGCUCACAGAGUUGAGCAAGAUGGAGAACUCAAAGGUGGCUCUGAGAGCCCGACAGGUUUUGAUUGCAUCACAUUUACCAUCAUAUGAACUGAGACACAACCAGGUGGAGUCCAUCUUUCUGUCCGCCAUUGACAUGUAUGGCCACCAGUUCUGCCCAGAAAACCUGAAGAAACUAAUUCUCUCUGAAACUUCGAUUUUUGACGUUUUGCCCAACUUCUUCUAUCACACCAAUCAAGUCGUGUGCAUGGCAGCCUUGGAGGUGUAUGUGCGCAGAGCGUACAUUGCUUAUGAGCUGAAUAGCAUUCAGCAUCACCAGUUGCUGGAUGGAACGUGUGCCGUAGACUUCCAGUUUAUGUUGCCAUCAUCCCAUCCAAACAGAGGGAGCAGCCCUACUCUGAACAGGCUUCCAGUGCCUGUGAGUGGAACGGGUCAGUCCAAGAUGAGGCGGCAGAGCAGUGAGCUCUUCAUGGAUGGGGCCUUGUCUCCCCCCUGCCAGCGCAUGGGUGCCAUGGUGGCUUUCCAGUGUUUUGAUAACUUCAGAAGGGAUUUUGACGAGGUUCUAUCAAGUUUUGCCGAACCAAUCUUGGAAAGGGCUUCGUUUGUAGAGUCGUGCGCAAGUUUGUAUGAGGAGGAGAUCACAAAGAACACCAGGGAGAACCCAAUUCACAUCAUUAAUGUAUCCAUAAAGACAGCAGACACAGAAGACGAUGAUGCCCUGGUUAAAGCAUUCACUGCAUUUACUCAGUCAAAGAAAGCCAUCCUGUUCGAAUAUGGAAUAAGGAGGAUCACAUUUUUAAUUGCACAGAAGAGGGAAUUUCCCAAGUUCUUCACGUUCAGAGCUCGGGACGGAUUCCAGGAGGACCGUAUAUACCGAAAUCUGGAGCCAGCGCUAGCGUUUCAGCUGGAGCUCAAUCGAAUGAGGAACUUUGAUCUGACUGCUGUUCCAUGUGCCAACCACAAGAUGCACCUCUACCUGGGAGCCGCUCGUGUCCAGGAGGGCGCUGAAGUUACAGACUACCGCUUCUUCAUUCGAGCAAUCAUCCGCCAUUCAGAUCUCAUUACUAAGGAAGCUUCUUUUGAAUACCUUCAAAACGAAGGAGAACGUCUUCUAUUGGAAGCUAUGGAUGAGCUGGAGGUGGCCUUCAGUAACACAAGUGUCCGCACUGAUUGCAAUCACAUUUUCCUCAACUUCGUCCCCACUGUCAUCAUGGACCCCUCCAAAAUUGAGGAGUCGGUCCGCUCCAUGGUGAUGCGCUACGGCAGUCGUCUUUGGAAGCUGCGAGUCCUGCAAGCUGAGCUAAAAAUCAACAUUCGCCUGACGCCCACUGGGAGUGCCAUUCCCAUCCGUCUCUUUCUUACGAAUGAAUCUGGCUAUUAUUUGGACAUCAGUCUGUAUAAAGAAGUGACUGACCCCAGCUCUAGACAGAUCAUGUUCCAGUCAUAUGGAGACAAACAGGGUCUUUUGCAUGGUAUGCUGAUCAACACACCCUAUGUGACCAAAGACCUGCUGCAGGCCAAACGCUUCCAGGCCCAAACUCUGGGCACUACAUAUGUGUAUGACUUCCCUGAGAUGUUCAGACAGGCAUUAGUCAAGCUGUGGGGUCUUGGAGACAAAUGCCCAAAGGAUGUGCUGAUGUGCACUGAGCUCGUCCUGGACCAGGACGGCCGACUGGUGCAGAUGAACCGCCUGCCUGGAGACAAUAACGUGGGAAUGGUUGCCUUCAGGAUGAAGAUGAAGACUCCAGAGUAUCCAGAGGGCAGAGACAUUAUCGUCAUCUGUAAUGACAUCACUCACAUGAUCGGCUCCUUCGGUCCUCAGGAGGACGAGCUGUUUCUCAGGGCCUCAGAGUUAGCUCGCACUGAUGGCAUCCCCCGCAUUUACAUCGCAGCCAACAGUGGGGCUCGAAUUGGACUCGCCGAAGAGCUCAAACACAUGUUCCAGGUGGCGUGGAUAGACCCCACAGACCCUUAUAAGGGAUUCAAAUACCUUUACCUGACACCACAGGACUACACCCGAAUCAGCUCCUCCAACUCUGUACACUGUCAUCAUGUAGAAGAAGGAGGAGAAUCCAGGUACAUCAUCACUGACAUCAUUGGGAAUGAGGACGGUAUUGGUGUGGAGAACCUGAGAGGUUCAGGCACCAUUGCAGGAGAGUCCUCUCAGGCCUAUGAAGAGAUUAUUACAAUCAGUAUGGUGACAUGCCGAGCUAUUGGAAUUGGGGCCUAUCUUGUCCGUUUGGGACAGCGAGUGAUCCAGGUGGAAAACUCUCACAUUAUCCUGACUGGAGCAGGCGCUCUUAACAAGGUUCUGGGGAGGGAAGUCUAUACCUCCAACAACCAGCUGGGUGGUGUUCAGAUCAUGCACAACAAUGGAGUCACACACACCACUGUGCCGGAUGACUUUGAAGGAGUCUUCACCAUUCUGCAGUGGCUCUCGUACAUGCCAAAGAACAAACACUCGCCUGUGCCUGUCAUAGCCACCACAGACCCUGUAGACAGAGAGAUAGAAUUUACUCCCACCAAAGCCCCAUAUGACCCCCGCUGGAUGAUUGCCGGUAGACCUCACCCCACAGUAAAAGGUGGCUGGCAGAGUGGGUUCUUUGACCACGGCUCUUUCAUGGAGAUCAUGGGGUCUUGGGCUCAGACUGUCGUAGUUGGAAGAGCAAGGUUGGGAGGAAUCCCUCUCGGUGUGAUUGCUGUUGAAACACGCACAUCGGAAGUCACAGUCCCCGCAGAUCCUGCAAACCUGGAUUCUGAAUCCAAAGUUCUGCAGCAGGCCGGACAGGUUUGGUUUCCUGAUUCAGCUUUUAAAACGGCUCAGGCAAUUUGUGACUUCAACCGUGAGCAUCUGCCUCUUAUGGUUUUUGCCAACUGGAGGGGCUUCUCUGGGGGCAUGAAAGAUAUGUAUGACCAGGUAUUGAAGUUCGGGGCCUACAUUGUGGAUGGCCUGCAUGAUUUCCACCAGCCAGUGUUGGUUUACAUCCCACCCCAGGCUGAGCUGAGAGGGGGAUCCUGGGUAGUGAUAGAUCCCACCAUCAACCCGUUGUGUAUGGAGCUCUAUGCUGACAGGGAGAGCAGAGGCGGUGUGCUGGAGGCUGAGGGCACUGUGGAGAUCAAAUUCAGAAGGAAGGACCUGUUGAAGACAAUGAGACGACUAGACUCUGUCUAUGCUAGUAUAGUUGAGCAGCUUGCUUCCCCAGAGCUGUCUGACAAACAGUGCAAAGAGUUGGAGGCAAAGCUCAGAGCAAGGGAAGAGUUCCUGUUGCCCAUCUACCACCAGGUGGCAGUGCAGUUUGUGGACCUCCAUGACACCCCAGGCAGAAUGCAGGAGAAGGGGGUCAUCACAGAUAUUUUGGACUGGAAGACUGCACGGACCUUCUUCUACUGGCGCCUGCGGCGCCUGCUGUUGGAGCAGGUAGUGAAGUGUGAGAUCCUUCAGGCCAACAAGGACCUCAGUGACGGGCACAUGCAGUCAAUGCUGCGGCGAUGGUUCGUUGAAACCGAGGGAACAGUCAAGGCUUACCUUUGGGAUGAUAAUCAAGCGGUGGUGGAGUGGCUUGAGAAGCAUUUGUCAAAAGAGGACGGCACCCCAUCGGCCAUCCGAGAAAACAUUAAGUACUUGAAGAGAGAAAACACUCUGAAGCACAUUCGAAGCUUGGUGCAGGCCAAUCCUGACAUAGCCAUGGACUGCAUCAUUCACAUGAGCCAAAACAUUACCCCCUCCCAGAGGGCCAAGUUGUCACAUCUGCUGGCAACUGUGGACAGCACCAGCACCAGUUAA